GCGCCGGCGCGCGGGGGCCGGACGCUCGUAGUGCGCAUGCACCGCGCUCAUAUCAGAUUCCGGCCGGGUCGUUGUAUCUCACUCUCUGCGGCUCUUUGCUUUAGAGAAGAUGGCAGCCCAGCCGCCCAAGUCGGUGCUGUUUGUAUGUUUGGGUAACAUUUGUCGAUCACCCAUUGCAGAAGCAGUUUUCAGAAAACUUGUAACUGAUCAAAAUAUUUCAGAUAAUUGGAGGAUAGACAGUGCUGCAACAUCCACUUAUGAGAUAGGAAACCCUCCUGAUUAUCGAGGGCAAAAAUGCAUGAAGAAGCAUGAUAUUCCUAUGAAUCACGUGGCCCGGCAGGUUACCAAAGAAGACUUUGCCACAUUUGAUUAUAUACUGUGUAUGGAUGAAAGCAAUCUGAGAGAUCUGAAUAGAAAAGGUAGUGCAGUUAAAAACCGCAAAGCGAAAAUUGAACUACUUGGGAGCUAUGAUCCACAAAAACAACUUAUUAUUGAGGAUCCCUAUUAUGGGAAUGACUCCGACUUUGAGACUGUUUAUCAGCAGUGUGUUAGGUGCUGCAAAGCAUUUUUGGAGAAGUCACAGUAAAGCUGUAUCCAUUCAUUGCUGAAGGCCAACAAUGAUUACAUCUUAAACAGUGAUGUUCUAGGUUUUUCAGUCAAUCAGUGUGUUAAAAGUGUAGUGCUUCAUAGUUCAUGGCCACAACUUUUUUUUUCAGUUGACUUACUGUUUUUUAUCUUAAAAAAUAAUUGUAGAUGGAAAUCAAUGUUGUGUUUGGCAGAAGAAUUAAUAAAAAUCUUUGAUUCAGACAGUUUAUGGGGUACAUUAGAUGUUCUUAAACAAGUUGGACCACUUAUCUUGCCCCAGUUACAAAAACAGUGGAACAAGCAAAACAGUAGAACCACAAAAUACUAUGUUGUGUGUGUGUUUUAUAACAAUCAUUUCUUUCCAGUGUUUAACCUUAAGGUACUAAUCCAGUGAUGGCUAUCAUUCUAAUAUGCUUAAUAAGUAAUCAAAACAUCAUUUUCAGGCCCAAGUCAAUAUCUGAGCCCUAUGAGACUUUUAAAUAAUCUACCUCUUUAUUAAGUAGAUAUGUAUAACUUGAUGGACAGAUGUCCUCUAUUCACCUAUACUACCUCUCUUUUUUACCCCAGGGCGUCUUACUGAAUUAGAAAUCCCUAAUCAUAGGUCUUCAUAAUCUUGAUUGGAAGUAUUUUGACUCACACAUGCCCAGAGUGCACACUUGAAUGUUAGAAGGAUAGGAAAGAAAAAUGAUUUAUGGUAUGGAAUAAAUCUUUAGCAUUAUUCUUAAUUUUUGUUUAUCUAGUUUAUUUCAUGAGGAAGUCUUUUUCACUCCCAUUUGGACCACCUUGCCUCUGAAAAUUUAUAUCCAGAAAGGACACUGUAUGCUGUUUCAUCUUAUGCUCACUUGACAAAUGUGUCUGUUUUAUAUGCACAUAUAACCCAAAUGUCAAAUAUUACAUAUUGGGUUAGAUGGGGAAAAUAGUUUAAAAAGCUGGAAAAAGGGAUUUCUGUUAUGUUGAAGCCCUUAAAUAAUGUGCUAAGUGUUCUUUUAUCACUGUUUCAUUUAUAGGAGAAUAUAGGUAAUUUCUAUGUACUUUGAGAUAACUGUAAUUUCAAAUUCAUUUGGAUAUAUAUAUCAGAAGGUAAUUUUCAAAAUAAACUGGGGAGUAUAAAAAUAUAGUUAUAAA